AUGGGUGCUGUUUGCUGCUCACAAGCGGGCCUCGAUCUUGAUGGCGAAGUCGACCUUUCUCACUUUACGUUACUGCGUUCGGUCGGAAAGGGUGCAUUCGGCAAAGUUCGAGUCAUUCAACACAAAGGCACCAAGAAGCUGUAUGCUCUCAAGUACAUAAACAAGGCUAAAUGUAUACAAAUGCGAGCCGUCGAAAACAUCAUUUCCGAACGACGCAUUUUGGAACAGGUCUCCCAUGGGCUAAUUGUCAACCUCCGCUACGCAUUUCAAGACGACGAUAACUUAUUUAUGAUAUUGGAUUUGAUGCUUGGCGGUGACUUGCGUUUCCAUCUCGAUCGACUUGGUGUCAUGCCCGAGUCUUAUGUCCAGUUCUAUGCAGCCGAAGUGGCGUUGAGUUUAAGACACUUGCAUAAUAAUAAAGUGAUACACAGGGAUAUCAAACCAGAUAAUAUCCUUUUGGACGACCAGGGACACGCACACUUGACCGACUUUAACAUUGCCGUCCAGUUUUCUGGAUCAAAACCGCUGACUUCGAUUGCCGGGUCGAUGGCUUAUAUGGCUCCAGAGGUAUUGGCAAAACGGGGCUACGGCUCUUCUGUCGACUGGUGGUCGCUUGGUGUCGUUUGCUUCGAGUUGAUGUUCGGCAAGCGCCCGUUUCGUGCCAAGACCAACGACGCACUCCAGCAUGCAAUUAUGCACGAGCCACUGUGCUUUCCCGAAAAUAGUCAUGUUUCAUCUGAUGCCAUUGACUUCGUCAAAGGGCUCCUGACAAGAGACAUCAACCGCCGCCUGGGUGUCAAAGAUAAGGGCUUCAGCCAACUCGUCAGUCAUCCUUGGCUUCGAAAUAUCCAGUGGGAAUUACUGGAAAGCAAACAGGCCUGCCCUCCAUUUAUACCCGAUAGUAAACGUGCCAACUUUGAUCCCACCCACGAACUAGAAGAAAUUCUGCUAGAAGACAACCCACUGAUUGUUCGAAAGCGUAAUCCGAAACGUAGUGCUGCGUCGCACGCCAACACGUCCUUAAGAAGCCAGUCCAUCAACGAUCUGGCAGAGUCGUCUCCCGAGCGCCAGAUCAUGGAAGAGAAAUUUAUCGUCUAUGAUCAUACAAAACCUGAAGAAAACGAAUGGCGCAAAAGGGAAAUGGAGCAGCGCCGCUGGGCACAAAAGAUGACGAAAACAAAUCAGGAGCACCACCAGCACCAGCAGCAUCAUAGCCAUCGGCAAAGUGGUGGCCGCAAUAGCAGUGACAGCGAAAAACCGCAACAGUUUGCAGCACAAUCAGCACACCAGCAGCCUCCGCCCCGUCAUUCAAGUGCCAAAGUAGGUGGCACAUACAAGACGAGUGUCAUGGACUAUGUCAGCCAAAAGCCUGCGACCCCGCUUUCGGAUGGUGACCUGGUUAAAAUGGAGGAGCUUGCUCGAAUGGCACGAGCAGGCGUUGGCAAAGAACGAGGCACGGACUGGCGACCUCCAUCAGGUAUUCUGCCUCCUUCAUCUUAUGCAGAACCACCGUAUGAUGAGUAUAUGGCUCGAGCGGCAGCCGGAUCCGAGCAAUUGGAUCACUAUCAUCGUCACCGGCGGCGAUCAUCAGAUGAAAGCUAUCCGACAUCGGCAUCACCAGAGACAAGUGAACGACCUCUUGUUGGAACUGCUUCAUCAUCUUUUGUAUCAUUGGAGCAAAUACAGCAACAACCGCAGCAACAGCAGCGGAUGCAUCAACGUCAACAGCAGCCACAGCACCAGCAGCAAUUACAACAACCAGCACCAAUAACUUCAUUACCUCCUACGCCAUCCGAUCCACCAUUCUCAAGCAUGACGCCUACUCCUCCUCUAUCACAAAGUGGCGAAGAUGAUUACUCAACCACAUACUACAAUAGAUCCUAUCCCUCUUCUUCUUCCCAACCAUCAACCAACAAGCAGCCGUCAAGUCGUCCCAUGUCACCCAGUUCGUCUUCCAAACCUUUAUCAUCAGUAUCGUCAUUAUCACUUCGACAACAAUACCCUCCAACCGUAGACCAGAUCCCACCUCCACUAGCUCCGCCUACUUCUUUGCCACCUCCAGUUCCUAGUAUGUUACCACCGCCACCAGCUGCAGCUGUUGCGUCGCCUUUGCAUCACCGUCGACCACCGCCUCCAUAA